AUGCUAAGAUUCUCAGGAUGGAUCGAAGAGGGCAUCUGGAGGCGGAAGCAGGAGACAGAUACAGCAGAGUCCCCCCCAACCAGACUGAGGCUAAAACAGUUGGAGCAAGGAACAGCCAAACAAGAACAACAGAUCCCCAGGGAUAGAUGGGAUUCCCCACUGGAGGGUGUGAAAAGCAGCCUGAAAGGGAUGGACAUGAGAUCAAGACUAAUAUGUCAGGCAAUAGAGGUUUGGAUGCAGAAUUUGCAGAUCGAUAAGAAUGAAAAGUGGGAGCAGAAAGAGUCCAGUUGUCAGAAGGAGGAGGUGGGAUUCCUCUUUCCCGGGUGGAGAGAGGAUAAAUGCCCUAUAAACAGAAAAAAUAACCAAUGGUCUAGAUUGACUAGAGAUAUUUCUUUAAUGAGAAGCCAGGCGUAUCACAGGAACUUAGCCGUAUGUAUGGAUAUGAUGAGUAUAAUUUUGACUGCCUAUCAAAAUAUAGAACGCGAAACGAGCAGCUGGACACUACAGGGGAAGGAUGCAUGCGAAGCAAUAUAUGACGCGUUCACGACAUGGGGGGGGAAGGCAGUAGCCGAGGAAGUAAUGUCAGAGUGGUUUAAUAACCCCCCCAAGGGAACAUCCAGAAGAAGGAGUUUAAAGGUGUCUGAAGGGAACAAGGCGAGGGGUGAGAUAUGGGCCGAAUUUUUUAAGGAGGCGGGGAGUUACGUAACGGCACUUCAGUGUUACAAGAAUCCAGCAGAGGCAAACAGAUGGCGGACCACAUGUUUAAGGACUAGAAACAACGAAGGUUGCGAGCAAAUGCAAGGGGACGUCCAACAGUAUGAGGAGAAGAGAGCGGAGGAGAGCUUGAGGAGAAUUUUCGUACCCCAAUCAGGACACGGCAGGGUUAGCAGGAUCAACAAGCCCCCCUUGGCAUAUUUCGAGCGAGGCAGACAAGGAUAUACCAGCUGUCUCACAACAAUAGUAGCGACGGGAGAUAAUAAUGAGUAUUCCGUAUCGGGAUUCUGA